AAUUGAAUGCUUACGUUGUUUGUGAAUAAAAAGUGAUGAAUACAUGCAUUGAAUGAUUAAAUAGAAAUUGAUUUCACUAUUGAUUGGAAAAUACAAAGCAUUUGAUUGAAAGCAAACACAAAAUUAUCGCUAAUUUGUAACCAUUUUUGUUGACUUACUAUCGCGUGGACACUGACUCUGAAAGAAAGUCCCGAAGUGACCAAUGGAUUCACCCAACGAUAGCGACCAUUAUGUCUACAAAUGCAGUUCACUGGCCAUACCGUCUGCCGACACGUGUUAUUCAAGCAAUUGGCAAUUAAACCAAUCUUUAAUCAACAAACCUUUGACACACGAGCCGUGGCCUCGCAUGUGGUCGCCGAGAGAUACUUACUUUAGGUCACAAUUUCAACGUAGUUUUAAUGGCCAUUCGUAUUACUGUUGUUUAUCGGUGGACAAUAAGACCGGUUGCCGCAACUGUGACACGUCGUCGCUGACAGAAAAACAAUUGAAACUCUUUAAUAAAUUGAAGACCAAAUACCCGAAACUUUCGGACGAUAUUUUGAUUGAAUCGAUGCGCAAAACAAGGGAACAGUUAGUCAAUUCCGGUCAAUCAAAAGGUUUCAAUGGACUUAAAAUCGUUGAAAUAAUUAACAAAAUUAGCGAAUAUAUUGACGAAGAAGUACUUAAUGAAGAAGAAAUUGACAACAAAAACGACGGACAAUCACAUCCAUCUAAAUGUGGUCUGGGCUCAGGACAAGACUCACAACUCGUGUCCCAAUUGUAAAGAUAGACGACUAACUGUAAGACAAUAAAUAUUUAUUAAAAAAUUUAAAUAUUUUUUUUAAAUUACUGAUUAAUUAUU